AUGGCAACUAGAUUAAAUACAGCGAAUUGGUCAAGUAGUAGUGGAAGCGGAAGUGGAAAUUCGUCAUCGGCUAUUCCACCACCAACUGCUGUUUCAAAUGUACAACCAGCUGAAGAAAGAUUAGUGGUUGCUGUACGUGUACGUCCUAGUCAGGAUAUAAAUGAUCCUAGGUGUAUUGAAGUAAUUUCCGAAAAAGCUUUAUUAUUUGAUGAAGGUGUUAAAAAUCGACCAAGGAAAUAUGGUUACGAUCAUGUAUUUGGAGAGGAAACAACACAGGAAAAUGUUUAUAAAACUACAACAGCUCCAUUGGUAAAAGAUGUUUUAGAUGGGUUUACAGCUGCAGUUUUUGCUUAUGGAGCAACUGGUUCUGGAAAAACUCAUACAAUGCUUGGUCCUAAUCCAAAAAAAGUUGGUACACCAUCUACAAGUAAUGGUAAUAUUGAACCAGAUGGUGAUGGAUUAAUGGUUCGUGCUAUCGAUGAAAUAUUUCAACAUGUUGAACAAGGAGAAAAUUCAAAUUCAUAUAAAGUGUCGAUUUCUUAUUUGGAAAUUUAUAAUGAAUUAAUACGAGAUUUAUUGAAUCCUGGUGGUCCUCUUGAAUUAAGAGAGGAUAAUCGUGGUCAAAGAAUAACUGUUGCUGGCCUUAAAGAAAUUGCAGCUAUAAGUAGACAAGAAGUCAUACAAUUAUUAUUAAAAGGAAAUAAAGCUCGUACAAUAGAGCCAACAGCUGCUAAUCAAACAUCAUCAAGAAGUCAUGCCCUUCUUAGUAUAACAAUAUUAAUUCGAACCUCUAUGGGUACAAAACAGGGUAGACUUUUUUUAACGGAUCUUGCUGGUUCUGAAAGAGCUAAAAAAACAAAAAAUCGUGGCAAACGAUUACAGGAGGGCGCACAUAUUAAUCGUAGUCUUUUAGCUUUAGGUAACUGUAUAAAUGCUUUAUCUGGUGGCGCUAGAUAUGUAAAUUAUAGAGACUCGAAAUUAACACGAUUGCUUAAGGAAGCUUUAAGUGGUCGUUGUAAAACUGUUAUGAUUGCACAUGUCGCUCCCGAAACUAAACAUCGCGAUGAAACAAAAAAUACUUUAGUUUAUGCGGAUCGUGCUAAUAAUAUUACAACAAAACUUCAAAAUACCGGGUAUAUGGAAGACAAACACGAAUUCCCAAUGAAACAUUAUCAAACUUUAGUUAGUGAAUUGCGAGAAGAAGUAACAAGAUUAAAAUCAAAAAUGUUAACCGAAAGGCCAAGAAGUGGUGUCGCCGCAACAUUAAAUAAUAAUAAUGUUAAUGAUGAAAAAAGAAAAGCUGAAUUAAGAUAUUUAAGAGAACAAAUUGUAUUGACAUUUAAGCAACAAAUGAAAUUAAGACGUAAGUUGCUUGAAUCUGAAAGUCAUUUAUUGGGUUUGGAACUUGAUGCAGAGCGUCAACAUAUGAUAAUAUCACAUUGGCAAGGUAGAAUGGGAAAACUUUAUGAUACCCCGGCAGAAGAUGAUGUGGAAUCAGAAGGCAUGAUUGCACUUAAAAAUGCAUGGGGUGAACUAGCCGCUAUUGAAAAGGAAACAAGAAGGUAUCGUGAAAUUAGAGAAAGAACGGAACAAGAAUUAGAAUUGUGUCGGCAAAAAGGGGUCCAACUAGAAGAUGAGCUUCCUGAAAGAAUAAGCAGUGAUGAAGAGAGAGAACUUUUAGCAUUACUCUGCCGUGUUCAUGAACUGGAAGCGGAUAAAGUUUCAUUACAAGCAGAACGAUUAGCACGUCAAGCUGAAUUGCGUAGAAGAGACUUACAAUUACUAAGGGCUGAAAGACAAAGAAGACUAUGUGAAGAUAUCAUAAGUUCCCAAAGAAGAUUAAUUGAAGAAGAGAAAGUUGAAUUACCUGAUGAAUUACGAGAGUUAUAUCAACUUUACCAGCAGGAAAUUCAUGCAUCAAUAACAUCAAACUCGAUUAAUUCUACUGGUAGUUCAGAGAGGAAAUUACCACCAAUUUAUUCUGCAGGGUCAAGUUCUGGUUCUGAUUGGGCGCCUUCCUCUCCUUUGUCGUUUUUAAAUGAUGGACCCGAUAAACACAUGGGUGCGCCAGUAAGAACUUCCCGCCUUCCUUCAAUUACAAGAAAACGUCCAACAAUAAAACCGCCUGCGAGUACGUCUAGUGAAGAUUAAAUAAUUCUAAUUUAUUGACAAAAAAGUGUUUUUUUCCUUUUUAAUUAAUUAUAUGAAAUGUAAUUUUAAUGAUAUUGUUGCUAAACAAGUUAAAAAAUACUU